UUUUUUUUUUUUUUUUGAAUAAUGUACGAAUCCAUCGUGCGCCCUGCGGCGUCGUGGCUGAGCGGUGCUGCGGCCGUGCUCGCGCUUGCAUUUGGCCUGAUCAGCACGCACGUCAUGCUUGCCAUGAUUGUGUCGUACGUGUACGUCGUGAGCCCCUUCACUGGCGGCCAGGGCGACGGCGGAGUUUCCAUGGACCACGACAACCCGCUCUUCCUCAACACACACCCGCUCUGCAUGGUCCUCGCCUUCUGCUUCUUCAUGCCCGAAGCUGCCCUCGUCUACCGCUGGCUGCCCGCUGAGCGCCCCACCAAAAAGUACGUCCACGCCGCCCUCCACUCGGCCGCGUUGAUCUCGUCCAGCAUUGGCUGGUAUGUCAAGUGGUACGACGACGAGUACACUACCGGCCACGUGCACUUUGGCCGCAUGCACUCGCACUUUGGCCUCAUCGCCCUCAUCCUGUUCUACGGCCAGUACCUUGCCGGAUUUGGCAUGUACCUCUUCCCUGGCGCACCCCUUGACGAUCGCCCACUGUACUCGCCCUACCACAAGUUUGUCGGUGUCCUGACCAUCUCGCUCGGCGCCAUCGCUGCCGGCACUGGCGCGCUCUACAUCCAGGCCGCCUACGCCGAGAACGUUGCCAUCAACGACGACAACCAGUACUACACCAUCUGGCUUGGUCUCAUUGCCGCCUUCACCGCCGUCGCCGUUGCCAUCGGCGUUCUCCUCAACAACAAGCCCGUCAAGCGGGAUUUGCUGCUCAACAAUUAAAAAGCUGGACCAGGAUGCUUUCGUUGUUUGUGUUUUGAAUGCUUGGUUGUUACAAUUUCCAACACUCGUUGGGGGGACUUUUUCCCCCGCAGCUGGAAUAAGAAUGCGAUUUUUUUGUUGCUCAACUUGCAAUGUGCGUUGCAGUGCAUGUAUUGCAAAGCCAUGUCGAUCGGUUUUGAGUGUUGCAGCUCUCAAAC